GCCCCGGCUCGGGCGGCUGGGAUGGAGCAGAAACGCGCCCGGCGCGGGAGCACACGCAGCUGACCGAGCCGCACCGCGUUUGCCUGGCUUCUCCGUCAGCCGCAGGAACAAGCCCGAGCCGCCGGGGCUGAGCGCGCAGAGCCGCCCUCGCCUCCCGGCUCCCGCGGCAGCCAGCCGGGCAGAGGAGGAGCCGUACGCGCCCGGAGCGCUCGGUCAUUCCCGGAGCUCGGCACCGAACACCCGGGUACCAUGGUCUGCACGACUCUCUUCGCUCUCUGCAUCUUCACGGCAGGGCUGAGGGUCCAGAGCCUGCCUACAUCAGGCCCCUUGCCUCUUUCUCUUCCGACAAACAUCUCGUUGACGGACAUCUGGACAAGCUCUCCGCAAAGCCCCCCUGCCUCCCCGACCACUGGCACAUCCGUCUUCCCAGUUACGACCUCGGCUCCAACACCUACACUCCCCAAGAACGUUUCCGUAGAGCCCAGAGAGGAGAACACCAGCCUCCCGGCCUCUCACUGGGAACGCAAGAACACAGACCCCUCCCCAACAAGCGGGGGGCUGCACUUGACACCCACGCCCUCAGAACACAGCUCAGGCACUCCCAAGGCAAGCGUGCCACCCACAGGGUCGCAGUCCCCCUCUGAGACCCCAGCUCAGUCCCCUGCUGAGUCCCCCACGGAGUCUCCCGCACUCCCCUCCCCUCAGGCUGCAGCCUCAUCACCUCCACCCCUGUCAACCUCACCCCCCGAGGUUUCGUCUGCCUCCUCUGCCAGCACCAAUCACAGCUCUGCUGAGACCAGCCUCAAGCCCACAGGAGCCCCAGCCACACCAGAGUCCCCAGCAGAAGAGCACAGCUCUGAACACACACCCACUUCGCAUGCCACAGCAGAGCCCGUGCCCACGGAGACGACGCCCCAAGCGACGGUGCCGGCCAAAGUGACCUGUAUGCUGAUCGACGUCGAGACCACUGCCUCCCCCGGGGUGAUCAUGCAGGAAGUGGAGCAUGCUCUAAGUUCAGAUAUACAGCCAGAAGCCAAGAACGGGGAAGCCCAUGGAUGUCGUCCAUACAGGCAGCAUCGCCGCCAUUACGGUGACUGUCAUUGCCGUCGUAUUGUUGGUGUUCGGAGUUGCAGCGUAUCUGAAGAUCAGGCAUUCCUCCUACGGAAGGCUUCUGGAUGAUCACGACUACGGAUCCUGGGGAAACUACAACAACCCUCUGUACGACGACUCCUAACGAAGGAACGUGGCUGGGAUGAGAAAUAACUGUUCUUUAUUUAUAAGUGCUUUCCCAGUAGAAUUAAUACAAGUACCUGAUGCGCAUCGCGCGACAAUCUUAAGCCCUGUUUUGUUGGUUUGGUUGUUUUGUUUUCCUCCCUCUCCUCUGGCUGCUGUAACUUCCCCUUUCUGGUACAAAAAGAAUCUUUGUUUUAAGGUGAGUGGAGGCUUAUCUGCAGCCAAAAUGGGCCAGCCUGGAGCCGGAGCCACAGGCCAGACCACCGUGGUGGAGGCUUCUGGACCCACCACAGGAUCCACUGGAAGAGGGACUGAGGGCCAGGGAUUGAGCUGUUUUGUGUCGGGGGGGGGGGGGGUUCCUUUGGGAGGGACUUUUUGUUUGUGGCAUUUCUUAUACUUUUAUUUAGGAAAUUCUAUUAAAUCUCAGUGAGGGGCAAGGAAAUGAGUACUGGGAGGAUUUCGCCCCGCAGGUGAGGAAGCAGGGGCUGCUCGGAUUCCUUUUUAAUCUGUUUUUACCUAGUUGUAUCUGACAGGAUGCCUGCUUGGCUCUACAAGCUGGAUCCCGGCUUCUUCACUGCCUCAUUAAUGGAAGAGGAAACUAGAAGGUGACCUGGAGGAGGCCAGCAAGCCGAAGGACAGUAGCAUGUUGCUGUCAGAGCUCAGCGUGCCCUCUUAUCUGUUCUCCCCUCCAGGCCAGCCAUCUCUGCUAAGGAUGCUCAUUCUAGUCGGCUGCGGCUGGGAUCGCGGCCCCCAGGCUCUCCGUGGGAGAGGGCUGUGACAUGAGUUUAGUUAUCGGAGAGAAAGGGGGAGCGUGUGUGCGAGUGAGCGUGCGGUGGGGCAGUGGGGGAGGCUGGGAGGGCAGGCUGGGAGCAGACAAGCACUGAGUGCCGCGUUAAGGAAACUAGGAAUCGGCCCUCAAUAACUAACAGAGUCAUCCACUGCUUGGAGGGGCGUCUGGAAUCCUUGCUUUAUACCCAUGAAACAGCUGGUCCACUGCCUUCCGGUCUGUUGGAUAAUGGCUGUAAACUUUUUUUUUUUAAGGGUAAAGGCAUUAGUCUAUAUGCAGUUGUUCAGGGAGGCAAUUCCAUAGGAAACAGACACCAUGAGUAAUCCGUGCAUUCUUCCCAUACACUUACCUCACUAAUUCUGCCCUUGAAUUAAUGAGCACUCUUAGGUAUACAGUCUUAAGACCCUACAACUUGAAUUUUGAGAAGGAACCGAUCAUGUUUGCAGAUAUCCAUUUAUUGCAGGGGUUCUCAACCGGCAGACAACUUUGCGUCCCCCAGGAAACAUCUAAAAAUGUCUUGUGACAUUUUUGAGUGUCACAACUUGGCGCUCCUAGUAGGUAGGGGCCACAGAUCCGCUAAACAACCUACAGGGCACGGGCUAGCCCACCGCAACAAAGAAUCAUCUGGCCCCAAAUGUCAAUAGUACGGAGUUUGAGAAACCAUGAGUUACUGAAAUGCCCAUCGUUAACAGGACACUGCCAGAGUAGUAGUAUUUUUUCUUUUUAAUUAAAUGAAACAAUUUGUUAAAUUGUUAUCUAAAAAGUAUUUAGUUUGUUGGCUUAUGGGUUGUUUUGACAUGCGUGGCUGGCUGUGUAUUUCUGUGUUCUCUAGAUAGCUUUAUUUCAUGGCUCAAACUCUAUCCUCCCGUAACACCUGAUGUUAGCAAAUGGCAUCUCAUGUCCUGAUUGGAGUGGGAAACUUCCAUGGUUUGGGAAACAUAAAUUGGGCCCUGUUUCAGAAUGUGUUCUGUUGUCCCACAGUGUUUUAAAAGAACUUGAAAUGGGAUCAGUUUUUCUUUCUAAACUCGGACCUGCUGCCAUGGCUCUGUUUGGUUUCCAGAAACUUGACCCUCGGGUCAACCUGUCACUCACUGUGGUCCAGCAAGUACUGACAUGAAAACCAUUGUUGCCACGCUAUUCACAGUUGCCAGGAGGGUUCCACUUUCCACAGCCUGCCAUCCCACACUCUGCAAAGAAAUUAUUCUUCUUAUUAACAAUUUAAUGUUUAUUUCAUUUUUGAGAGAGAGAGAGAGAGAGAGAGAGCGUGAGCACGUGAAGGGCAGAACACAGAACUCGAAGCAGGAUCCAGGCUCUGAGCUGUCAGCACAGAGCCCGAUGCAGGGCUCAAACUCACGAACCGUGAGAUCAUGACCUGAGCCGAAGUUGGAUGCUCAACCGACUGAGCCACACAGACGCCCCUGCGAAGAAAUUAUUCUUAAAUUCCUUCCAUAUCAAAGGAGAAUGAGCAACCCCCAGAGGUAUUUUACAAUAGGACUAGGUAAUGAGAAGUAGAGUGCCAAGAAUUCUGGUAUCUCUGAUUUAAAAAAAAAAAAAAAGUGGACAUUCUCAGAAAAACGGCCAGGGAUGACCAGUGGUGCCCCCUCUGGCCGUGAUGGGCCUGAAUAGUUGUCUCUCUUCCCUACUGUCAUGCCCUUUAUAAAGCCUAGAGGCUCUCAGUUUAGCAAAGGACAAUUCAGUAAAAACAGAAUAUCCCUUUUAUUUUCUCCCUCCACAAACAUUUUGACAAAAUGUCCAUGAAACACCUUCAAAGCGGUGCUCUUCUGGAUAAAUACUGGGUCAGUCAUUAUGCUGGGUCAGAGGGACCAACCUCUUCCCAGGAAAAGCUGACCAGUUAUGAACCACGGACUCAGUAACAUCUGUCCUAACCAAAGUCUUCUGUUGUUCAAGAGCGAUUGGUGGGUUUGUUGCUCCUGUUACUUUCCAAAUCCUUAUGGCAAAGGGAGAGAUCUGGACCUCAGGAAGAUCUGUUCGGCAAGGUGACAGCUUCCCAUAAAAACUAACACUCUGUGUUAUGUCAGUAUAAACUACCAUAGGUUGAACCUUAUUUUGCCAAGUGCAUUUUUUUUCUGAGUUGGCCAAAGAAUUUGAACAACUGUAUUCAACAUAGGUUGCUUAACACACACACACACACACACACCCCUGAAAUACAUGCUGAUAAUUGACGCCUAGACAUCAGAGAGUCUGUUCAGGUCUACCCAAGGGAAAUAGCUUCAGUGGAUCUAAAGCAACCACAUUCCUUCCAGGAAUAGGACUAGGUCAAUAAAGCAAUAGAAAGUCAGAGCAGGAGGGAGGCAAGCAGCCUCUUCGAAACCACAGAUUGCAAAUGAUGAACAGUGGGAUCCAACUUUGUCUUCUUUUCUCCUGGCCCCAGUGAAGUCUCUUGCCCUCCCUGGAUGUCUGUCUUCAUUUCUUAAAUGAGGGUGUUGCUUUCACAUUGACCUCACCCCACACUACCUCACAAACGUGUUGUGAGGAUUAAUGAAACGAUGUCUAAUGUUUUCAGUUUCUGGAGAAAAGAUAUUUAUGGACAUUUAAAGUAUUACGCAGAUAUAUAUAAGGGAUCUCAGUUUCAGUUUCUUGUUUGUUGUGAUACUGGUGUGUUAUUUUCACUUACAUCUAUCAAGCGACAGCUGUUAUCGUAGCCACAUCAGGCAGCUGUCAUAGCUAUGAGCUACCCCCCGUGCUGCUGACUGACUGCAGGGUUAGCUGUGCCCGGGACCAGAAUGGUUUCUGUCUCCAAAUGAAAAGAUGUCCCAGGACAUAGGUCUCCCGGACUACUGAGUUAGGAUCCAGGAGGUUAGGGUAACACAGUAUAGAUACCUGAGCACUAACAGCGGUAGACCUCUGGCCUUCACCACCCCGAAGUUGUUCUGGGUUCUUUACGGAGUUGAUUCUGGUUUGAAGUCAUCUGUUUGCCCUUUGUCCUGCUUGCAAGGGUGCAUGGUUCAAACCCUCACGGGUGGGAAAUGAAUUUUGCAACUGGGCCGUGUUGAUUUGCACGUUGAUUCACUGAUUCACCUUCUUUGCCUUUAACCUCCUGUUGGCAAAUGAAUGUACCAUUUCAACUUUGAUUUUAAAGCAUUAGUUGAUACUGGUAAUAGUGCUAACCAGAAGACCCUUGCCAGCUUGCUUUCUUGGGGUGAGUUAGCCAACAUCACUUAAAAGAUGGAAAGAUGUGCAACUUCUUUGAUAUUUGAUGUCAUUGUACCUACAUUUGUUGUAAGACAUAUUGCAUACUAAUUAUAUCAAUUAAAGUUGUUAAAAGCCUGCA